UCUUCAGCUUUCCAGUAUCACUUUCUCUCUCCAAUAUUCUCUCAGUUCUUUGUCUUUCUCUCUCUUCCUAAUCUAAUACUAAGAGUCUCCACCUAUUUUUGAUCAAAUUGGCAGAAUUCUUCAUCAAAUUGUUGUUUUUGCACAUUCAUGGAUUUAGAUGAUGUUGAACAUAAUUCUCCUUCUUCUUGUGUUACUCAUUCAGGUUAUGGCUUCUUUAUCUUCAUCUUCAUCUCGUGAAAAAAUUUCUAUUCCUUUCCAGCCACUAUUGGAUCAGAUCACAGAUUGUCUUGACUUCCCUAGGGCUACAUAUUCCGUGGUUGUAGUUAAGUGUAGUUCAUGUGUAUAUAUAAGAACUGAGGGUCAGCGUGGCAUUUUCUGGUUUAAUGGAGAAGAUGCAGCUACUAUUAAGGACUCUCGAGAAAGUGUAGCUGAAAGAGCAGUGCAUUUUUUAGUUAAAAGAUAUGAUGUGUGUGUUGGUGACUUCACUAUGGACAUAAUGCGAAUUUAUAACUUGUGUGGAAAGUUGUAUAGGCUAAAACGUAACUCUCUAGAAUCGCGUGGUAGGACAAAGAAUUCUAGUAAGAAGAUUGUAGGUGAUGUUAUACAUGUUGUGAUAGAUUAUGUGGCCUUUUUGCCUAAGGUCAUCAGACACACUGGUGUUCUUAUAACUGGCUUAGAAACAGUACAUUCAGAAGAGCAGGGUUAUGUAUCUUGGCUUACAGUCACUUCUACUUAUGCCAAGUGUGGGAUGGAGUGUAUAUUCAGUGAAUUGUGUUUGGAUAGCAAUGCAUCUAGACAAAUGGUUGCUAAGAAAACAAUUUAUUAUCUUAUGCAGCUAUAUAAUUUAGAUAUUGUGGAUGCGAAUUAUGGUUCUGCAAUUUUUAAAGGAGUUCUAUGUUCUUUAGAAAUGGAAAGUUAUUUAGAAGUGGAAGAGCGAAAGAAAGGGCAUAAAGAUAAUGCACAACUGAUGCUUUUGUUGAUUGAAGAAAGCUCAUCAACUUUGCAUAAUCAGAAUCCUCAAACUACUGUGAUUGUUCCUGGUCCAAGCACUCUCGGUCCUUCAGUUUGCAAAAGACCAUUAGGAACUUCAGAGACUGCAUUGGUUAUAUACAUACACAUGAAUGUUUUUUUGUUUGCAUUACGAGCACACAGAACAGAACUGACAGACUUGAAAGGGAACUCGAGGCUCAACAGCCACUACAACAACAUUGAUGCAGGGAGCAGAUGUAGCACAAGUAGGCGAAGACAUCUUUUACCUACGCACCCUUCAAGUGGAAGUAGUUUGCCAACUGAAGCAAAAGUGUCUACUUGCAAAGCUGGUUUAUCUAAACCUGCAACACAUUCAAAUAGUAGACGAAGAAAAAUAAUUGAAAUAGGGUCUCAACCUCAGCCUGUCAGGAUUAGGAAGCCUAAGCAGCCAUGGCACAACUACCCUACUAAACAUAUUGAAAUCCCAGCAGCUACAAUUGGAAUCUGGUUACCUACUGGUCCUACAAAGUUACCACCGCCAUAUUAUUGUUCUGAAUGCAAUGCUAAGAAAUUUGCAUAUGAAACCUUGCAUUUUUGUUGCAGUAAUGGAGAAAUCCAAAUAGUUGUUAAUGAAUAUCCCUUGGAACUAAAGAGACUCUUUACAAGUGAUGAUGAAGAUGCUCUGCAUUUUAAAAAAUAUGCUCUGUUGUACAACAAUUUGUUUGCUUUGAGCUCACUUGGCGGUAAUUAUGAUGCUAAUACUCACAAGGGGAUUUAUUUGUUCAAGGGACAUGGUCAGAUGUAUCACUUUGUUCCAGAUUUACUUCCUACUAAUGGGAAGGCUAAGUAUUUACAGUUGUAUUUCUACGAUGGUCAGCAUGAAACCACCAAUCGCACAAACAAUUUCCCAAAAGUCAGGGAGGACAUUGUUUCUAUAUUGAUGAAUGUUAAUUUCUAUAUUGAUGAAUGUUACUAAGGAAAAUCCAUAUGCCA